AGUAGUCGAAGCCCCCCCCCUGGCUCUUUCUCUCUCUCUAUUACAUUUUUCUGUCUCUCUCUAAAGAUCCCUAAAACAUCGUCGAUCUUCGGAACCCUAAUUUCGCUGUAGCGAUAUCACAUUCUUCGAUUUCGGUGAGGUUUGGUGGAUUUCUGUGAUCAGAGUCUGCGGAGGAGGACGUCAGGUUUGGGGCAUUUGAAACGGUCGAAAGAGGAAAAAACUGGGUUUUGAGGAUGAGAUUUGAAGGAUGAACGAUGCCUGUACUGCGUAGUGGAGUGCGCAGGGGUCGGCCAGCAGGAGCAGCGAACCAGCAGGAGCAGCGGGAGGCGAAUCCGAUUGAAGGUGAGGCGAUUGCGACGAGAACACGGCGGCGGCGAGCGGCAGCAGAGGCGCCGAAAAACAGGCAGCAGCCGGCGAUCGAUGAGAACUUAGUCGCGGCAGGGGCGGCGGCACAAGUGCGGGGGAAGGAGGAGGACGGUAGGCGUUUGGACGAAGCUCGUGUUGGUGGUGCUGGUGGGGCCCAGAACGACGAGGUAGGGAAAAAGAAAAUGGACGAUUUCGAUAGUGGGGGUCGGAGCGCAGAGAAGGCACAUGUCGGUGAAGAUGAGGGAAGCACUGCUCCCCUUCCCGAGAAGGUUCAGGUUGGAGGAUCCCCGUUGUAUAGGAUGGAAAGGAAGUUGGGAAAGGGAGGAUUUGGGCAAGUGUAUGUUGGCCGUCGCGUGUCUCCUAUAAAUCCAAGUGACCGAACUACUGGCCCUGGGGCUCUGGAGGUGGCCCUGAAAUUUGAACACAGAAGUAGCAAGGGCUGUAAUUAUGGGCCACCAUACGAGUGGCAAGUGUACAACACUUUGGGUGGAAGUCAUGGUGUACCGAGAGUCCACUUUAAGGGUCGACAGGGAGACUACUAUGUCAUGGUUAUGGACAUGCUUGGACCAAGCUUGUGGGAUGUUUGGAAUAAUAACUCUCACACUAUGUCCAUUGAAAUGGUUGCAUGCAUUGCUAUUGAAGCAAUAUCCAUAUUGGAGAAGAUGCACUCCAGAGGGUAUGUGCAUGGUGAUGUCAAGCCUGAAAACUUCCUGCUUGGUCCUCCGGGAACGGCUGAUGAGAAAAAAUUAUUUCUUGUUGAUCUUGGGCUAGCCACCAGAUGGCGGGAAACCACAACUGGUCUUCAUGUCGACUAUGACCAAAGGCCAGAUGUUUUUAGGGGAACUGUGCGAUAUGCUAGUGUGCACGCUCAUUUGGGGAGAACUGGCAGUAGGAGAGAUGAUUUGGAAUCUCUUGCUUACACUCUUAUUUUCCUCCUCCGUGGUCGUCUACCUUGGCAAGGUUAUCAGGGAGAGAACAAGGGGUUCCUUGUUUGCAAGAAGAAGAUGGCAACAUCUCCGGAAGCUCUGUGUUGCUUCUGUCCAAUGCCUUUCAGACAGUUUGUUGAAUAUGUGGUGAAUUUGAAGUUUGAUGAAGAACCUAAUUAUGCAAAAUAUAUUUCCCUCUUUGAUGGGAUUGUAGGUCCAAACCCAGAUAUCAGGCCAAUUAACACAGAUGGUGCUCAGAAGCUUAUCUAUCAGGUUGGUCAUAAGAGAGGCCGGUUGACUAUAGAAGAAGAGGAAGAUGAGCAGCCGAAGAAGAAGGUCCGUAUGGGGAUGCCUGCAACACAAUGGAUUAGUGUUUACAAUGCUCGUCGACCUAUGAAACAGAGGUAUCACUAUAAUGUGGCAGAUGCGAGACUUGCCCAACAUAUCGACAAGGGUAAUGAAGAUGGCUUAUUUAUCAGCAGUGUAGCGUCUUGUCAAAAUUUGUGGGCGCUAAUUAUGGAUGCAGGCACUGGUUUUACUGCACAAGUUUAUGAGCUUUCACCCUAUUUUCUUCACAAGGAAUGGAUAAUGGAACAGUGGGAGAAAAACUUCUAUAUCAGUGCAAUAGCAGGAGCUACUAAUGGGAGCUCACUAGUUGUAAUGUCUAAGGGUACACAAUACUUGCAACAGUCUUACAAAGUUAGUGAUUCAUUUCCCUUCAAGUGGAUAAAUAAAAAAUGGAGGGAGGGUUUCUAUGUCACCUCUAUGGCCACCUCAGGGAGUAGAUGGGGAGUUGUUAUGUCUCGUGGUGCAGGAUUUUCAGAACAGGUUGUUGAACUGGAUUUUCUUUACCCUAGCGAAGGUAUUCAUCGACGGUGGGAUAAUGGUUUCCGUAUUACAGCAACUGCAGCAACUUGGGAUCAGGCUGCUUUUGUUCUUAGUGUGCCGAGAAGAAAACCUGUAGAUGAAACACAGGAGACACUUCGAACUUCAGCAUUUCCUAGUACACAUGUUAAGGAGAAAUGGGCAAAAAAUCUCUAUAUUGCGUCCGUUUGUUAUGGCCGUACAGUUUCAUGAGUAGCUGCCUAACAUUUUCUUGAGGUGUUCCCUGACACCAUUGAAGAUGCUGUCAGCUCUACUCAUUUGGGGACCUGGUGGGAAUCCUAAAACCCCGGUUUUCUGAAGUGGCAGUGGCAUGCUGGCUUAAGAGAAAUUUUGAUGAGAAAAAACCUUAAUUAAUUGUAAGCAAAAGUAUAGAAGCUGUUAGUAAGAUCUCAUGUUGUGUCUGUCAGUCAUGUUGAAAUUCCUUUUGCUAGUGUCCAUUAUGGACCAAAGCCCAAAGGAAUGGUGGCUGUCUUUACUUAUUUCUGUUAAGUUUGUAUAGUUUUGAACAUUAAGGACUUGUUGAGGGACAUCGUCCAUGUCAUGUUUUUGUUUUUUCUAGUGUCUGUACUAUGACAUGGCAUAGGACUGGUAACUGGAUCAUUUGCUCUGUGUGGUUCAUGCCCCCUUUUACCACCCUUGUUUUUUUUUUUUUCCUUUUAUGUCCUUGAAUCAGAUACCUGAAAACUUUAAUGUUCCUUAGUUGGAGUUAUUUAAUACAAUCAGAUGCAACAGCUGUUGUUGUAUUCUACCUUACUGA